AUGUCGCCAAGUUAUAUCGAAGUCGUUGGCAAGAGUAUUCUCAGCGAUGAUCUUACGCAGAAGUUGACCGAUGCAGACAUCAAUCAGCCUGGAGAUCCCAGGGGGGCUAUUGAUGCCUUUCUCGGAAAGUGGACUGUCCCUUGUAAUGCCAUCGUAUACCUUACCUUCAUCAAGACAUUAUUGAUCUAUACCGACGACGACGAGGAUAUUUGUGGCGCAUUCUUGACAAUACUACCAGACGCUACUCCGGAGGAUCUUGCGAAAGUACUUUUUCCGCAAGACAAACUUGAUGAGUUGAUAGCCUCCAAAUCCAACACAAUCCCAGAUGAUUUGACUGCCAAUGAUGUGAAUCAAGUGCGAGCCAGGUUUCUUGCUGAUCAGCCACUCGUCAUUAUACUUGUUAUGAUCAGAGACAAUGGCGACUUUACCCUCGAAGAUCGCCCACGUACCAUUGUAGUACUCAUUUUAGAAUUGAUGGUUAAGCGUCAAGCUCAACUUGGUUCUUCUGAGCUGAUCAGCAUGUUGAAGGAGUUUUUUCCGCAGGAUGAAUCCCCGUUGACCGACAAAGAGAUCACCUCCGCUUCUACGUUUGUCAGAUCUGUAAAGACUCUCUCGUAUCUCGUUGAAGACCCAUUGGAUAUUCCUCGUCUUUACGACUCAAAAUAUCAUUCCAUACGAAGUAUUACAGGCAAGUCGAAGAAUGAUUUCAAGUCUGAUCUGCAAAGCGCAGGCUCAUCGACCGCGAACGCUCUAAAAAUUCACGAUUGCGCUGAGCGUGUUGACUGCUGGAAUGAGCAACUUUGGCUGGCGCUGAUGAAGGCAGGUAAGGCUGAUGUGGCAGAUAGUAUGAUACCGCAGCCUCAGCCGGUGGACGAUGACGGAGAUUCAACGGACGAUACCGUAAAGCCAAAUCAGCCCUUAGCAAGCCUUAGCGGUCCUCCAGAAUCUUGGAAUAACUUGACGGAUAUAUUUCGUCUCGAAAAUAUUGCAUGCGAGGAGUGUUGCUCCAUAACUUCCAUGUCUGCUUAUUUCGCAGAUCUCUUGAACUUGUUAAGCAACACUACAGCUACAGGUGGAGCUGGAACAACAACCGAAGAUACAACUGCCGUUUCAGAUUCAGGCACAAACAGCAGUCUCCUAGACUUGCUUUCAGCUCGGCGCCCAGAUCUUAAAAAAUUAGAGCUCAGCUGCGCAAACUCACAAACCUUGGUUCCUAAUAUAAAUCUUGUUAAUGAAGUACUCGAAUCAUACAUUCGCUACAAAAGUCAAUCUUUGCUGUCUGCACCGGCUUCCGACGAGCAAGAUUCUAUACUUGUCUUUAAUACACCUGCAGAUGCCGCAGAUGAUUGCGUGCAAGAUAUUCACUCUGACGGACCAGUCUAUCGGCCCGGAAACACAGACUUUGAAGUUUAUUCCAAAGUCGUCUCCCAACAGAUGUACCCGUUCACCUGUUUCCCAUACGAUUAUGCGUGGUCAUCUGUUAAAGAAUAUUUCAACAUAUUCCAGAUACCUUAUGCACAACUGGUCGAGGUAUUUCAAGCACCUGAGCUUCUCUUCGAGAAUAUAACACAAGUCGCGCGUGGUAAACUCUCUGAAGAGCAGAGAACUGGGCUGCUUCGUGGAUCGGCCGAGGUGCUGAAGAGACAAAUUGCGGCAUCAGUUCUGAAUUUACAUCAAAAGAGUUUGCUGCCAUCACGGGUGAAACUUUCUUCCCCGCCUGCAACAGCUAAUGAAAAGGACAGGGCUAGAUUUCCCGACAUCCUAGACUUAGUCAAGACCCAGCUGUUCGGAAAAGACCUAGUGAUCAUCAACAAAACCGGAUCGCAAGAGUUCAGUACUUUCAUCGACGACCUCAGACUUUUAGCCAAUGCGUCAGAGCCACCGUUUCAAAGCCUGAACACUACCUUAUGCCGAGACCUUCAAUCGUUUUUACGCCUGAAGGCUAAGCUUGGAUGGUCGACGAGGGAUCUUGAUGCAGCUAUCUACUGCUUACGUAAUAAUGAGAUGGAGCUCUCUCCGGAUUUCAAAGUAACUACCGCCCCCAACACGCGACCCAUCUCUGUUUACGUUCUUAAUGGAAUUGCGUCUAUUAUCAAGUUGAACAAUCUAUGUGGAAUUAAACCCGCUGCUCUACUUCCAUUAUGGGGCCCUAUCGAUGCCUUUGGUAAAGAUUCGUUUCUUUACCGCAAAUUUCUCCGUCCUUCUCUAGGGCAAGUGUUCGCAAUCCCAAAAGAUGGCGAAGAAUUCUUCGAGCCAGGCGGCUCAAAGUUCCAAAUUUAUGCAUGCGGUACAAGUGUAUGCGCGAGUCUAAAAUGGCCAUUUCAAUAUCUUAAAGAUCUGCUUGAAGCUACAGGUUAUUCUGAUUCUCAUUUGACUGUCGGCACUCUGUCAAAACUUUACCGCUAUACUACUGUUUCCCAGAUUUUGUCUAUUCCUGCAACAAAAUGUGCUCAAUUUUUCAAACUGUUCUUCGACGAAGCAAAGGAGAAUCCCUUAUCAAGCCCUGAAGUCACAUUUGAAGUGCUAGAAAUGUGGAAAAAGCUGUUGAAUUCAAACUGGACAAUCGAAUCACUUCUCGAUGUUUUAGAGACUACCCAGCUUGAAGACAAUCAAGAUAGCUCCGGGCUACAACUCACCAGAGCUAUUUUAGAAGGGACCGUGGAUCUGAAAAAGUCACUUUCAUCUAUUUCUACAGUUGACAUACCAACUUCAGAAACUGUCGUCGAUUGUGUUGGGCGAACAUUUGAUGCAGCAACAGCAAGCACAAUUGUAGGAUUUAUUGAGGGCACUCAGAUUCUGACAAGCUAUAUCAAACUUUCAGACAAGGCGGCCCUCGACUCACUGGUUAGCCUAGCAAAGGACUGGCCAAACAAGAUUUCGAUUAUUCCUUCUAUUGAAGGAACGAUAUAUUCUGCCCAGAUAAAGCUCUGUGGUAUAUUGACUUCAAGUGAAAAGACGAACAUCUUGGAUGGAAGUGAAAACUCUCCCGCAAUUAAAACUGCACUUGCUACUUUGGUGGCGACUUCGCUGUUUCCACAGAAAAUUAUUAUAUCACGUUUUGAGAACAAUCCCGACUCCAGCGGGAAGCUACAGAGCAACAUUCUUCUUGAUGAUUGGGAGGAGCCACCGUCUAAAUCGACUGAAUCUUCUUCUCCAGAUGCAUCUUCUAUUGCCGCAGAAAACUAUCUUCGGAAUCGAAGAGCAGCUUUUAUUGACUUGGCCAAACCGACCAUUAUCCAAGAUCUCCUUACUUCUCUCAUUCUCAACUCUACCAAAGACCAGAUACUCGACGUUGAUGUUUCGAUUAUAUCAAGUCUUAUUUCGGACGUCGUUAAAGUUCCAACUAAGGACGGCAGCGGGCUCGAGUCCGCUAUGACUGCUCUACAGAGUCUUAGCGUACCCAUCGAAAGCUCGAUUGAAACGAAUCUGGACGCAUAUUUCACACCUACAACCACUGAUGAUUACACGAUACAUUACACGGGAACCAGUACUAGUCCUGAGAUAACCAUUAACGGACUUAAGAUGCCCUUCGAUGCAUCUGCAAACACAUGGAACCAGUUUCGUAUGAUCUCUGGUCAAGCAUACCUUUUACAAGCCGGUUUUGAUCCUUCUCAAGUGUCUUGGUCAACAUGCAGAUCAAUGCCGACGCCUUUUACCGACGAAGAGCUAUUAUUAUCGGCGACAUUUCAGCGAACAACGAGUGUUCUUGAAGCAAUUCGCAAGGCAACACUUAUUUGCCAAACCUUGAAGCUGACUACGGCAGAGAUCGCAUUUUUCAACCGUCAAGUACAACUGAAAUUCGAAAUGCUGGCUAUCGACCUCAAUUCACCGAGUCUGAAAGAUCUUGUCCAGCUCCAAGAUUAUUGCGCCUUGAGAGAUACUUGUAUCCCUAGCACCAAAGACGACAAUCUGAUGAGUCUAUUUUCUUGGUUGUCUAGCUCGACUGAUACUGAUCGCCUUGAACGAAAAUAUCCGAACUAUACUGCAGCAAAUCUGAUGGCAACGUUGCGUAAUUACGAUAACUUCUUGGGCUUAAACGCAAUUGUGUUAUUCUAUGGCAGCCUUGGCGGUGUAUCUGACAUCAACUCCAUGCCUCCCAUGGCCGAACUCUUUGACCUAGCUAGGCCUGCGCAACAGCUAGAUAAUGCAGACUCUUAUUUUCAAGCUGCACAAGACCUUCAGAACAGAUUGACCGCCACACAACAGGAAAACUUUGAAGAUGGACUCAUGCAGACCCAGCGUGCUGCCCUUGUGAAUUACCUAUUGCAGCAAGACUACAUCAAAGAUCUCAAUAUCUGGGAUGCAGAUGGACUCUUCGAAUAUUUCUUUGUUGAUGUGCAAAUUGGUCCACAAUUGCGAACAUCACGCAUUAAACAAGCAAUUUCAGUGGUGCAGUUAUAUACACAACGUUGUUUGCUAGGGCUCGAAGAGGACCUGUUUCUCUAUCCCGAAAAUUGGAUUGAUCCAAUGCUUCGGGAUGAUAAGAGCCAGUUAUUGAUCAAUUUGGAAGCUGCGCUGCUUCAGAAGGAUCUGAGCAUCGACACAUUUUUGCACGCUAUUCAAAACUAUGUAUAUGGGUUGAAUGAAAUCUCGAAGCUUGACAUUGUUACAUAUGUCCACGAACCCGAAUUUAAGCAGGCUGAUAUAUUCCACUUUUUUGGGCGGACUCGUACCGCGCCAUAUUCGUUUUAUUAUCGCACUGUGAGUAUCUUGGCAACUAGUGAGAUAUUCUGGCAGCCGUGGACCAAGAUUGAGAUGGAUAUUCCGUCGAUUGAAACAGAAUGGGAAGGUCAUCGCCUCGAGAACAUUGGCAGCUAUCUGCUCCCCGAGAUAAUUGGAGGUCGACUUUAUCUUUUCAUUGCCAUCAAUCAUGGCGAAGUCUUUGGCGACGAAUAUAGGGAACAAUCUCAAGGUGUCACCACUUUCGACGAUUUACGCGGGAAGCCGCCUGAUAUAGCGGCCCCUAAACGUAGGCAGUUGGCACCCAAACGUGUAUCGGCAGGAACUCUUACUGUGGGCUUGGUAGCUUCUGCAUCACAAUUUCGAGUUGAACCAACUUUUGAUGAUAAUAAGAUGACAAUGAAGAUAAACUAUUCGGCAAUAGGAGAUACUGACUUCAACGAAAUUGGCAGCUUCAUAUUCUUUAACGAUCAGAUCAGUACAAUCAACAGUGACUCAACAACAUCUAUCCACGGCGACUUUCCAACUUACUUCCAGAAGGUGCUAGGCAACGGUACCAAAUCAACUGCUCUGGAAAUUGAUCCCUCUUUCCCAAAUAAGCCUCUGAUUUGGAUACCGAAUGGUUUUAAAGUCCUACGAACAAAAGGAUCUCACUUGGACUCUGUCGAAAACACAGCAACGUGUCACGGCCCUUGUAAACUCACUCCGACGGAUGGACGCCAAUGGACUACUCAAAGAGUAAUGGAUGAUAUGGAGCUUGUACAGCUGGAUCAUUCGUUUUCUCAUGAGCUCAUGGAACAUACUACCGACCGUGUCGAUCCACUAGGAAAUCUUUAUAAUAACCUAGCUCUAACACCUGCAGACCAGCUAAAAGAACGUUACGGGGCCGGCAGCCAAAACGCAUCAUAUCACGAACUGGGUCGUCCAACUGCUAUCUAUAACUGGGAGAUUGGCAUACACGCUGUGUAUCUGGCAGUUGAUCGGUUGUCCACUACACAGCAAUAUGACGAAGCACUGCAAAUUGCAAGACUUGUCUUUGAUCCAUCAGUAUCCGUAAAAGUAGACAGAUCUAAUGGCGACAAGACAAUAAGCACUCAAUCCUGUUGGAAAUUUCCACCAUUCCAAGAUAUGGCUUGCAUGAUGUCGAAUAAAGGCGAAAGCUCGUUCGAUCCUCUAGAUCUGGCAAACCUGAAAAAGGAGAUCGAGCUUGCAAUUAAAGAAAGACGUUCAUACGGUGCGCUAGUGCAUGCCGCCGCGCGUGGUCGACCUGUUUCAUAUAUGAAAUGGAUUGUCAUGAAAUAUGCUGAGAUCCUCAUUGCCCUUGGGGACAUACAAUUCCGACAAGGCACAUCCGAAUGUCUUCCAUUGGCCACUCAACGAUAUAUAGAGGCAGCUAGAGUACUGGGACCCGAGCCACCUAAUGUACCAGAUCUUGGAAAUCGGAAAUCGAAGGUGCUGACGUACGCACAACUAAGAACAAAGGAUAAUGCAUUCGAUGAAGUCUCACUGGAUCUAGGCCUGCCAUUUUCAUUCAACAUAGUACCAAAAGGAAACGCUACAGUCUCAAGCACUGACCCAAAAAUGGAGAGCAUUACUUGCGUCCUGAAGACAGAUUAUUUUUCCAUUCCCCUGAAUCCUAAAUUCAAGACAAUGCGAAGCCUAGUGCAGGAACUUCUUUUUAACAUUCGAAAUUCCUUCGAUAUUCAAGGAAAGCCGGUGGUCUACGCGCUGAGAGAUCCACCCAUUGAUCCUGGUGACUUGGUGGCUCUCAGCAAGCAAGGUCUCAGCAUAUCUGAUGUGCUGAGCAUGAUUUCCGGCCAAAGAGAUGGUCCACUAACUAAUCAACGUUUUGCAACUCUCAUGAGCGUAGCUUUGGACUUGUGUACCGAAGUACGUUCGCUGGGAGAAAGUCUCUUGGCAGCAAUAGAAAAAAGAGAUGCAGAGAGUCUCAAUGUCAUCAUGGCUCGAAACAACACUGGCAUACAGCAAGGAAUGUUGGAAAUGAAGCGAAUCGAACUUGACGGGGCGCAAAAGACUAUUGAAUCGCUUUUGAUGGAUCGCAGCUCUCAAGAAGCACAAUUAGAUUACUAUCUCAAACUCAUUGGCGAACCAGAUACCAAAAUUCCCAAACCUAGCGACGAUUGGACUGAUGUCCCACAAAACAUUGAUGUACAGUCAUCAGAUGAACUGCGAAUGUCUCCCUACGAAAAAUUACAAAUGACAAUGUCUCUAUCCGCAUACUCAAAGAACAGCCUAGCUACAGUCACAGAUGCAGUGGCUCUUCCAUUGUACCUGUUACCAACAAUACAAGGGGACUUUGAGCCUCUCGGAGUUGGAACUAGCAUCUCAGCUGGCGGUACUCAGUAUGCAGACCAAGCCGACCAAGCCGACAAGAAGGCCAGUCUUACAGCACAAUUGCAAGAUCGUCGAUUCCAAGCAAAUAUUAGUGGGCGCCAGAUCAAAUCCAUCGACAAACAAAUUGAGAUACAGCAGAUACAUAUCAAAUCCAUACAGAAAGAUCUCGAUAUGCAGAAAUCCCAACUAGACGAAGCUGUUCAGGCUGAGACAUGGUAUCGUUCCAAAUACACUAACGAGCAACUCUACAGCUGGAUGGAGAAGAGACUUAGGAACUUGUAUCUUCAAGCGUAUAAUCUGGUUCUAGAUGCAGCUCUUCGAGCACAGAACGCCUUAUCAUUUGAAUCUGGUCGCAAAAGCUCAAUCAUCAAACCAGCCGGUUAUUGGGAUGCUUCACGCGAUGGAUUGCUUGCCGCGCAGGAUCUAUUUUGGGAUUUGAAAAAGCUUGAGGCUGCACAAGCGGGAAAUACUUCAGCGGACUACAAUAUUACCAAAACUGUAUCCCUGAAAGAGAUUGAUCCUAUGGCACUGAUGAAUUUCAGAAUCACGGGAACUUGCGAUUUCUCAUUGGACGAGGUGCUUUUCGAUAUGGACUUCCCCGGCCACUAUAUGCGUAGGAUACGAUCAGUGGCUGUAUCGAUUCCUGCGGUUUUCGAACCCAAUUGCAAUGCCAAUGCUAUAUUGACACUGCUAUCGCAUAAAUACCGCGUUACCCAGAGUGCUGCCGACUAUGUUGCUUCUCAGUCUGCAAGUAGUGAAUCAUUUCGCACUGAUCGGAUUCCGACGUCUUCUAUUGCCGUUAGCUCCGGUGAUGUAGACUCUGGAGUUUUUGAACUCGAUUUUUCUGCCUCUCAAUACAUGCCUUUCGAGGGUGCAGGCGCUAUCUCGAAAUGGCGUCUGGAACUCCCAUCACCGGUUAGGACUUUCAGCUACGAAUCUAUCACUGACGUGCUGUUACACGUACAAUACACAGCUUAUGAAGGAGGUCCGUCGUUACGCGCAGCAGCGAACCAAGCUACACUUCAAGUGAUGAAAGCGACGGGAGCGGAAGGGCAGCAGCAAGGGUUUUCGGCGAUUUUCGAUCUCAAAAACGAGUUUGCUGAUGAUUGGAAGAGCUUUGGUGAUCAAUUGGCUUCCGAGACGACUGGUUCAGAUGCACCAAGUAUGAAACUUGGAGAUUUGAAAAAGAAACUUCCUUAUUGGUCUCGAAGACAGAAUGCCCUGGAGGUUAAGAACAUCACUUUCAUAACUCACAGCGAAGAACUGCGCAAUAAACUUGACAUCGAAAGUUCGAAGGGUGCUAGGGAUUGGGUUGUAAGUCAAAUCGGAGACUACUAUGUAAAGUCUUCGUCUACUUGCAGUGAUACGAGUUUAAAUUGGACCAUCCAAGCAGUCACAUCCCCAACGAAAUGGGAUAAGAAAAAUUUCGAGAACGCGUUUUUGUUGUUUCAGUAUGUGUUUACAGGGACAAAGAUUGUUUAG